AACACUCUCUGUCACCUGGAGGAUUUAAAAAGUCCCAAGCUUACGGGCCUCGGUUGCUUGACAGCUUGUGUCGGUCGGCUAAUCCUCGGCGGAAUGAGACUGCAUAAAAGUUCAGCCUGACAGCCGAGAAGACGACAAAAACAAAUUCAUGCAAGUUGUAUCUGACUAUAUCCCCACAAAUAUGACUUCGGAUCUGCCGGUUCUCCUCGCAGCAGUCUCGAUACUGUCUGCUCUCCAUCUGACAUUUCAGGCAAGACGUGUGGGGUGGUCAAGGAUGAAACAUAAAAUUAUGCCACCCACUGUUACUGGUCCACCGGAGUUUGAAAGGACAUUUCGUGCACACCAAAAUGGUGUAGAGUUGUAUUCCAUUUUCUUGGUGGUAUUGUGGAUCUCUGGCAUCUUUUGCAACGAAGUGCUUGCUGCUCUUGGAGGACUUCUGUAUAUUGUGGGCAGAGAGAUAUACUUUACCGGCUAUAUUCAUGAAAGCAAGAAAAGGUUGCCAGGGUUUUACUUGGUGUUGUGCGCCCUGUUUUUCCUAACUGUGGUGGCUACCAUUGGAAUUAUUCAAUCGUUUUUGGACAAAUAUCUCAACAACGGACUUCUCUGAAUAAUUUAAUUCAAAUUUUUCAAAACCGUUUUCACCAAUUUAUUAAACAAAAGGCAUGUAACAUACUUUCAGAUAAACUUGUUGUGUUUAU